GUGUGUAUCAUAACGGGGUGUGUCUCAGUGUGUGUGUGUGUGUGUCUGCCGCUGCACUGACCUGAAGAAGCUUCUCUGCUCCAAACUCCCACCGAGACCCAGAACCAGACUCUGCUCCACGACCACCAUCAACCAGGCAGGAUGGCAGCGCAGCACCCAGAGUUUCAGAGAGCCGGACAGAAGCCGGGCCUGCAGGUUUGGAGGGUGGAGAACUUUGACCUGGUCCCGGUCCCUGAGAACCUGUACGGCGGAUUUUACAGUGGCGACGCCUACCUGAUCCUCAACACCAUCAAACAACGCUCGGGGAACCUGCAGUACGACCUUCACUUCUGGCUCGGUGACCUCUGCUCUCAGGAUGAAAGCGGCUCUGCAGCGAUCUUCACCGUGCAGAUGGACGACUUCCUCGGAGGGAAACCGAUCCAGUACCGCGAAGUCCAGGGACACGAGUCCAAAACCUUCCUGGGCUACUUCAAGUCUGGAAUCAAGUACAUGAAAGGGGGCGUGGCCUCCGGGUUCAAACACGUCGUCACCAACGAGGUGACGGUGCAGCGGGUGCUGCAGGUCAAGGGUCGUCGCUCGGUGCGGGCGACAGAGGUCGCGGUGACCUGGGACAGUUUCAACCGCGGCGACUGUUUCAUCGUCGACCUCGGAGACGAGAUUUUCCAGUGGUGUGGGUCACAGAGUAACCGCUUUGAGACGCUGAAGGCGACGCAGGUGGCCAAGGGUAUCCGUGACAACGAGCGCAGCGGGCGAGCGAAGGUCUACGUCUGUGAGGAGGGGAGAGAGAGAGAGAGGAUGAUCGAGGUUUUAGGUCCUAAACCAGAUCUUCCUGUCGGAGACUCAGACGACAUCAAAGCAGACGCCUCCAACAGGAAAAGAGCCAAACUGUAUAAGGUGUCUAAUGCCAGUGGAGGAAUGAACAUCGCUCUGGUUGCGGCUGAAAACCCGUUUGCUCAGAGUGCGCUGGAGUCCGGCGACUGCUUCAUCCUGGACCACGGCUCAGACGGGAAGAUCUUUGUGUGGAAAGGCAAAGACGCCAACAUGGACGAGAGGAAGGCGGCUAUGAAGGCGGCGGACGAGUUCAUCAAGAAGAUGGGUUACCCCAAACACACGCAGGUGCAGAUCCUGCCUGAGAUGGGCGAGACGCCGCUCUUCAAGCAGUUCUUCAAGAACUGGAGGGACAAGGAUCAGACGGUGGGACUGGGCGUGGCCUACAUCGCCAACAGCAUCGCCAACAUAGAGAAGGUUCCGUUCGACGCCGCCAGCCUGCACGAGUCCGCCGCCAUGGCCGCACAGCACGGCAUGGUGGACGACGGCAGCGGAGACAAACAGAUCUGGAGGAUCGAGGCAGCGGACAAAGUUCCCGUGGAUCCGUCCACGUAUGGACAGUUUUACGGAGGAGACAGUUACAUCAUCCUGUACAACUACCAUCAUGGAGGACGUCAGGGACACAUCAUCUACAUGUGGCAGGGAAUGGACUCCAGUCAGGAUGAGAUCGGUGCGUCUGCUCUGCUCGGCGCACAGCUGGAUGAUGAACUGGGAGGCGGUCCUGUCCAGGUUGUUGGUGCUCCUAUAACCACUCAGGUGCGGGUGGUGCAGGGGAAGGAGCCCGCUCACCUCAUGAGUGUGUUUGGAGGACAGCCCAUGGUGGUGUACAGAGGAGGGACGUCCAGAGAUGGAGGUCAGUCUGCUCCUGCUGAGACUCGACUCUUCCAGGUCCGCUCCAACUCUGCAGGACACACCAGAGCUGUGGAGCUGGAGGCCGUGGCGUCGAACCUGAACUCUAAUGACGCUUUCGUCCUGGUGACGCCCGGUGACACAUUCCUGUGGGUGGGAGUGGGAGCCAGUGACACAGAGAAGCAGGGAGCUCAGCAGCUGUGUGGCAUUCUGGGAGUGACGACCUCUGACCUCUCUGAGGGAGCAGAGACAGAUCAGUUCUGGGAGAUUCUGGGAGGAAAGACAAAAUAUCGCACUUCUACCAGACUGAAGGACAAGAUGGACGCUCAUCCACCGCGUCUGUUCGCCUGCUCCAACAAGACCGGAAACUUCAUUAUUGAGGAAGUCCCCGGGGAAAUGACCCAGGAUGACCUUGCCACUGAUGACGUCAUGAUCCUGGACACAUGGGAGCAGGUGUUUGUUUGGAUCGGAAACGAAGCCCAAGAGGAAGAGAAGACUGAAGCCAUGGCCUCAGCGCUGCGAUACAUCGAGACAGACCCGGCGAGCAGAGAUCGCAGAACGCCCAUCGUGAAGAUCAAGCAGAGCUUCGAGCCGCCCACGUUCACGGGCUGGUUCCUGGGCUGGGAUCACGAGUACUGGACCACUGACCCACUGGAACGAGCCAUGGCUGAACUGGCCCUUUAAACUCCUCCUCCUCCUCCUCUUGCUCCUCCCCUUCCUUCUUCUCCUUCGAACAUCCAGACUGUUCCAGCUGCCAAUAACACGCCUCGCUCACUUACUCCGUCUAUGGUUAUUAUUGCUGUUGUUUCUGAUGCGAUGGCGUUUUCACUUCACUUAAAUGUGACAGUGAUGAUGAUGAUGAUGAUGAAGAUGACGCAGAAACAAUACAAGCUUUAACACAAACACAUGCUUCCUGUAGGGUUUGCACACAGUUUAGUACGACAACAAGCUCCUAUUUUAUAUUUGAACAAUAAAAACCUGUUGUUACAGAGA